AUGGCACCGCGCUCCCAGCUAGAGAUUCAUACUGCUUCAGUCCUACGACUGGUUAAGGAAGAGGCAUCGUAUCGCAGCGAGCUGGACCAGCAGCAAAAGAGAAUCCAAAAGCUGGAGGCUCAAGAUCCCAGUGAAGAUGUGAAUAGGGAGUAUACUCUAAAGCAGGAGUGUCUUGCCCUUGAAGAGACCAAGAGAGUCUUGCCCACCCUCAAGGUGAAGAUCGAAGAAGCUAUUGCCAAGCUUAAUAGCCUACUGGUUGAGGAGGGCAAGAAGGGCGCCGAAAGCAACGUUGAACAAAUUAAUGCCGCAAAAGACGCCAUUGCGAAAGCUAGAACUGCUGAGAGAGAAAUUGCCUGA